GGCGCGCGUUUUCUUGCUUUGCAAAGGGCGCCGCGUUUUGCGCCGCCUCUUCCUCCUCCUCCACGGAUGGCUCCGCUCAGGCUGCUCGGGCCAGCCCUGGGCUGGAGGCUCGCUGCUGCGGCAAGGCCCGUUUAUCUCAGCAGGCCACCCCAGCGAGGCCACCGCCUGACACCUUCAGAUGACGAGCUCUACCAGAAGACCACGAUCCAGCGCUUGGAGAAGGAAUCCCAAGACACCAUGUUCAUAGAAGGCUACAAUGAACGAGGCUUCACCAUCAGCGGGAACAAAGUGGUGGGGCCUUGCGCAGUCUUGCCACGAGCCACCCUACAGUGGAACGUUGGCACACAUAAGGACAUCACUGCCGACAGCCUCGUCCUGUUCCGUCUGCUGGAGCCUCGAAUAGAAAUCCUAGUCUUGGGGACAGGAAGCAAGGUGGAGCGGCUGGAUCCUGCUGUCCUGAAGUUAAUGCGUCAGUGUGGGAUUGCUGUAGAGGUACAAGAUACGCCCAAUGCCUGUGCAACAUUCAACUUCUUGACAAGUGAGCGGCGUAUGGCUGCUGCCGGCCUUAUCCCACCUCCUGGUGUACGUGGCUGAAUCUCUGAGGGCAAGACCCAGGGGAAGGAAGCGUCUUUGGCAAGGCGAAGAAAGGGAUGCUGUUGUAAUGCCUGUCAUGUUCUUUGUUGCUGCGUUUCGAGGGAUACUCCUGUUUGAAAACAACACAAGCCUUUAUGCCCCAAGGCGUAUCUGUCAACGUGUAUGAAUGAGUGACAAGUCUUUUUUUU